AUGGCGCGCACAGCAUCCAUAGGCGACCGCGCACCCGGCCAGGGCGCCCGGCUCGUCAAGCAGACCGCGCGUCGGAGUACCGGUGGCAAGGCGAUACAGCGCGCACCCCAGCCACCCGAGCCCAAGCGCCAGCACCGCUACCGACCAGGCACUGUCGCGCUCCGUGAGAUCCGCAAGUACCAGAAGACCACCAACCUGUUGUUAGCAAAGCUGCCGUUCUCUCGUGUGGUCCGCGAGAUUGCGUUCAACUCGUCCUCGAUCUCGGCGGGCGAGCUUCGAUGGCAGAGCUCGGCGAUCCUCGCGCUUCAGGAAGCGGCAGAGGCCUUCCUCGUCCACCUCUUCGAAGACUCGAAUCUCUGCGCCGUGCACGCAAAGCGCGUCACCCUCAUGGUCAAGGACAUGCAGCUCGCACGCCGGUUGCGCGGACCGUGGGGCGGCCUCGGAUAG